UAGACUUUUAAAUACAAAUACAGAGUCUACACCGAAGCUACUGGAUUGUGCCUGAUGCAUUGGCCGGCUUGUAGCUCUGCCUCAUUGUGUUCAGUUUAUUGUGUUGGAGGAAAGUAAGAAUCUUUUGAUAUCCAGCAGGGACGAGAAUCUAAUGAGAAGAUUUGUUUCUACUGGCAGGGAAUCGAGAAGCUAACAAGAUGCUGCCACAACGGAUGAAAAAGGUUAUGACAGACAACCCAAAGACGUUAGCCAAUUUGAUUGACCUAGUAAAUCUCCCUUCAACACUUAGAGAGUUCAUGGGUCAGUCGCAGACCUCCCGGUUGGGUUGUUUUAAGCGUGUUUGGUCUUACAUCAAGGAAAACAAUCUCCAGGAUCCAAACAACAAGAACUUAGUUAAUUGCGAUGAGAAGUUGAAGAGUAUCUUGUUGGGUAAGACCCGGGUUGAGCUGACCGAACUACCAACGCUGAUCAAGCUGCACUUCCCUAAGCAACCAAGAUGAUUCGAGUUUAUUGUAAUGUUAAGUGUUUAAUCCUCGAACUUUAUACUAGACUCCAUAAAUCUUAUGAAGACUCACAUUAUGUAUCUUGGUGAGAAGACUUGGCUUACUAUUCAAAGUUCUAUAAACAGAGACAAAGUAUGUGCAGUUUGCAUAAUAGAAUUUCAAAGUUCUAACUUC